UCUUUGAUGAUUUGUAAUAGGGUGAGGGUAGCGAACGAGCUCGGAGCAAACAACAGUAGAGGAGCCAGGUUCGCAACCAUCAACGCCGUGAUCACCUCGAGCAUCAUCGGAGUUUUCUUCUCUGUAUUGGUCGUUGCACUCCAUAACAAAGUCGCUUACAUCUUCACCAUCAGCGACGUCGUCAUCCGCGCCGUCGACAAUCUUUCUCUCCUGCUGGCUCUCACCAUUCUUCUUAACAGCGUUCAACCCAUUCUUUCAGGUGUUGCAGUUGGUUCAGGGUGGCAAUCAAUUGUGGCAUAUGUUAACAUUGGAUCAUAUUAUUUGAUUGGGAUUCCUCUUGGGAUACUCAUGGGAUGGCUUCUCCAUCUUGGUGUUUUG